UUGAUCUCCGCAUAGUCAUUUCCCACUCGAUCCUCGAGGGAGUUUGUUAUCCGAACAGCGAGUCGCGGGAAAACAUGGAAAAAUUCGUCCUGAUAGCGUUCGCUGCCAUCCUGGCGAUCGCCUUUGCCUAUCCAGCUUCCGAACAAGAAACACCGUUGCCGAGGAUGGCAAGAGAAGCAAAGGCAGAUCCACAUUAUGGUGGUGUGGGUGGCGUGGGUGGUAUCGGGAUCAUUGGGGGAUUUAAAGUAGGUGGUUUCGGUGGAUACGGGCAUGGUUACCCUUAUCGCGGCUAUGGACGCGGAUACGGUGGUCAUGGAUAUGGUGGUCAUGGAUACGGUCAUGGAUACGGUGGUUACCCUAGUUACGGUGGUGGUUAUGGUGUUCCAUAUGGAAGCGCAUCGUAUGCUAGUGCGCAAGCUGGCUCUAUUGGAUUUGGACGAUAAGGAAUUAGAAUUUUGAAUAAAUAUAUUUGUACAAUAAAUUUUUCUACUAUUAUUCCCGAA